UCAGCGACAGCGUGCUUUGUUUCACAGGCAGAGUUGAGGCCUAACAUGCUCCCUGUGAUACCGUAACCUGAGCUAGAGUUCAACCUGGAGACGAUGAGCACACAAAAAGAAGCAGCGCGCCAACGCUGGCACAGUGCCGGUGCAAAGUUAGGAGCGCUUGGUCGCAUGGUACAAGCGGUGAAGGUAGCCCGCAGCAUUGACUUGUUCGCGGUUGAGCAGAAGCCAUCGAGCAUUAUUGGCGUCGUUAUCAGUGUCAUGGUUCUUGCUGCGACGGUGACCUACUCGGCUAUACUGGCUUUUCAGCUCGUUCACCAGGCUCCAGCAACAACCAACGUUAUUGACUGGACCAUGGGCGCCCAGCCGCAAGCCUUCCCCAUGAAGGUCACCUGUGUGGCCCUCAGCGGCUGCAUGCUCAGCAACGCCUACGGCGCCGCCGCCGGCGAGCUGGCCUUAGUCACCGCCGGCACCGCCGGCGGCCUGCUGGCGGGCGAAAAGUGUGUACGGCUGGCGGUCAACGAAACCGCUGUCGUACACCUGAACUGGUCAAACGAUCCGUACGACGGGCUGGUGGUGGUGUUUGACCCGGCCAGUACGGCGCCGCCUCACCCGGCGGGGGCGGGCGUGUCGGUCAUCAGCGCGUCACGAUGCCUCUACAGCGCGGGCUGCAUGGAGGGCGUCAUGUGGAUGUCGCUGCUUGUGGGGCCAGGGCUGACGCUGGCGCAUUACGUGCGGACAGUCAACAGCACUGAGCCGGAGAGCUGGGCGGGCCGGCGGCGGGAGGAGUGGUUCUUGUCGCGCGUGGCGGAGGGCGGCGCGCUGGCGGCGGCUGGCGGCGCGGGUGCGCGGCCCUGGUGCUUCGGCAACGCGACCGAGCCCGGUGCUGUGGGCCCGGGUGCCCAGCAGGCGCGCAUAUCACUGCAGCCGUUUUGGAACCAAAUUAAUGUGGAGAAGGAGAGCUUUUGGUUGGCGCUUUGGGGCACGUGCGGAGGCGCCUUCAGCACCUUCCUGCAGGUCGGCACCGCCGUCGUGGUCGCGUGCAGCUUCUUGGCGGGGCACUUCGCAUCAUCACCAUCAACAGCAGCAGCUGGGACUGCCGCCGCUGGACACCAGCAGCAAGGAGCAGCGGAAGAGUCACCAGGCGGAGGGGAUGGAGGCUGCCAAACAGGUGUGGCGACAGCGGACCUUGGUGGCGGUGCUGGUGGAGGCAAAGCGCGCGGCGGCUUUGUAGGGGCAGUGCAUUCAGCGGCGGCUGGGGAACGUACGGCCGCGGGCAAAGGCGGCGGCGGUGGGGGCACGGAGGCUGGUGGGGCCGACGUCCUGGGUGGCAAGGACGCACUUUAUCGGCCCAGGUCAGCCCUGCUGAUGGCGAUGAGUGACGGCAGCGGUCGCUUCAGCCGCCCGCGCAGCCCCGCCCACAGUCCACGCAGCUCGGCUUCGGUGCUGCCCUCAUCCUCUAUCGCCACCAUCAGCGCCAUCGCGCCGAGUGUGACGGGUUCGGGUCGCGGCACGGAGGCGUGGGGCUGGGACGAUGCUGGAAGCAGUGGAAGCCGCAGCCCCAGCCAUUUGCGGCUGCUUGCUGGCAUGCCAUCAUCUGAAGGCGCGACGCCAGUGGGCGGAAGGGACGCCGCGCAGGUUAGCCGCUUCAACGCGGAUGCGAAAACCCCGCGCUCAUAACAUGCGGAGUGGCAAGAGGCCUGCAUCAGCAUCUGUCCUAAUUCCGGGUCAGGAGCGGGUGUGCCGACACUGACAUGCUCAACCACUGCAACAAGUGGAAGCCCGGCAGUCGGUGCCUCGGGUAGGAACUGACCCGGGCUUUGCCCCGGUACGUGAUCAGCAGCCUCAUGGCCACAAUGUACGAAUAAGGCUCGACACCUGGAGGAAUGUGUGACCCGGCGGCGGCUAACGGCUACAAACGGCUUAAGACUGUAGAGUUAUUGAGGUAAUGGUGAAAACGGUCGGGGAUACUGUAAUGAUUCGUCGCACAGUGGCCACGUGUGCGGGGUGAUUGGGAGCGGGUGUGUGGCGGCGGGCAAAGACCGAUGCUAUGGGCCCGCGGCUUAGACUGCUGGGAAACAGGCAGUAGCCGCUUCGUGGAACGAUGGAAGAACCACCGCCAGUACGGUAUUGCUGUUAGAUCUGAUGACGCCACUGAACAACAAAUGGUGAGCACUGCAGCUGGAAUUGAUGCUGCUGGUGGUGCCGGGUUAUGGUUGGGCUGGUGAUCGUGGCUGGUGAUGGUGCCUUCAUUUUAUGUCAUCUGCCGUACUUGAUAUUAUAAGAUUCUCUUGUGUACAUCGAGGUGUGUACCGUAAUGUGGAACGUGGGGCGGAGGCGCGCUAGGAUGCUGCUGCUCGCCUGGAUGGCGCAACUGUAGCCGCCUUCUGAACAGUAGCCCAGGAAAAACCCCUUCCACGCGCAUGCACGAUCCAUGUGUCUUCAAUACCUGCGUGUAAUGCGCUGUUGCUUUCCGCUAUUUGCACACAAACGCCGCGCUGCCACCCCCUACUUCGGGGGAACAGCUGUGUCCCUGAGCUUCGUGCGGGUUCGUUCCCGGUUAGAGCUUCCUCUCUAUCGCCAGCUGUGCCAUGUAUCGCUCCGGCCGGGGGUGGAGCACUGAACAUUCUCGUCGAGCUCCUUCCAUUGAUUCAGUUCAGCGGAUUCAUCCCACCCGGUGGGACCUGACACAGAAGAACAGAGAAGACAGUGC